AUGGAAGCGACCAGUGAGCUGACGAACGAUCUGGAAGUAGUGAAAAAGAAGGAGGAUGAUCAUUUGCGGCUUCAACGUCAGUUCCGAAUGAUACAAGCAGACAGAACAAAUCGCGUAAUGGGGGUCCAUCCGAUGUUCAGAAGGCAAGACCACCUCCUUAAAAGACUGAAGAGCGAACACGUGAACGUCUUGAAAGACCUCAAGGUGGCCAGAUCGGGUGCAAAUAGAAAGAGGGAGGAUAUGUUGAAGAAGGAAGUGUUGCGAGCAAUUUUGUUACGAGAGAAGACUAGUACGGAGUGUGAAAAUGGACAGAUCCUGAUGGAUCAACUAGACGAACUGGUGCAAAGGAACCACAAGCAAACUUUGCACCUGAAAUAUCUAGUGAACUCUUCAAUGGGCAAGCUGGAAGAGAAGCGAUGUACAAGCGAAAAUCGUCUGACGGCAACGGAGAACAAAUUGGAGGCGGCAAUUUUGAGAUUCAACGCGGUACAAUGCGAAAACAAGAAAAUAAGAGAGGAAAUUGAACAUGUGCUGAAAGACAGGGCAAUCUUCAACCAAGCGUGGGAGAAGAUGCUAAAUGCAUUGAGCAAAGGGAAGAAAUUUCUGGAAGAUUUAUUCGAAUCUUCAACCUUGGCCUAUGAUCAAAGGGACGAGUGGUGCACGAAGCUGAAAUCAGUGCAGGAGAAAGGGAAAAUGGACCAAUUGCUGCAAGUUCAGGAGAUGCGCGAUUUGCAGAAAUCGUUUGACCACGAGAUGAAACUACAUAAUUUUCUAUCCAAAAAGGGCAUCAUCAGGAUCAACAGAAAAGAAGAACAAAGAGUUGAGGAGAAGAAGAUAAUGCGAGAGAAAGAAUUAAAAGAAGAAUUUGACACGCAUAUUAAAAUACUCCAUGAUAUAAACGAUUACGCCCAGGAGUGGGAUAUAGACAAGAUUAUCGAGUCUUUCGAGUGCGUCGAGCAAAGCAAUUUCUCAGUUUACAAAAUGCUGACCGAAUAUUGCGCGGAGAACGAAGCUCUUCGGCGGGACUUGCAACGCAUACGGCGGAGUUUGGGGGACCGAACAGAUUGGAUCGAAAUGACAGAAGAGAGACAGAACGCCAAGUUGAAUUCAAUGAAAGAAGAAUUGGAGAAACGGAAAAUGAAUAAUGAGAAAAUGCAACGGAUAGUGGAAACUCAGAGUAAGCUGAUUAACGAGGCCAUGGGUAGGGUUGCGGAAAUUUUCCAGAUGCUGGAUUGCUCGUUGGAUCCUUUUCGUGACUUAUUAGGGGACAAGGGCCCCUCGAUUUACCGCCUCGACUUGACCUUCAGUCUCAUCUCUGAAAAAAUCAAGGAACUCAUUCAGACUGCGUAUUUUUAUGAGCGCCAUGUCCAAAAGCGUAGUGGGACCUCUCGCCUGAAGAAAUACACUGUCCACCUGGAAUCACCGGAGUUUUGGACCGCGGUGCCGAUCAAUCUCCUGGUGCCAGCGGACCCGUGCCCCUCAUGCGUGGAGGCGCGUUGGAUGUCGCGCGUGGUGGACGCUCCCGAAAUGCCUUUGGACGAAGUGGGGGUGGUCUCCGCUAUAAAGGAACUGGCAGAGGACCAGGCCUUCGUCAGGAGUGACCGAAUACACCCGCUAACCGAAUGCAGAGUGCCGCGAAGCAGGAUGAUACUGGCCCGACGAUACAUGCAAACU